AUGCCAUGUCACUAUUUUCUGUAUCUUCCUUCUUCUCUAAUUAUUUUAGUAACAGUGAGAGAGAGAUCAAAGCUAACUCCAAAGCAGAAAGAAGAAUGGCGAAAUCUCAGAUCUGGUUUGGUUUAGCCUCCUUAGUGGCGUUGCUUGUGGUGUCAGCCGUAGCAGACGAUGUGGUUGUUUUGACGGAUGAUAGCUUCGAGAAGGAGGUUGGUAAAGAUAGAGGAGCUCUUGUCGAGUUUUACGCCCCCUGGUGUGGGCACUGCAAGAAACUUGCCCCAGAGUAUGAAAAGCUUGGUGCAAGCUUCAAGAAAGCUAAGUCAAUUUUGAUUGCAAAGGUCGAUUGUGAUGAGCAUAAGAGCGUCUGCACUAAGUAUGGUGUUAGUGGUUAUCCCACCAUUCAGUGGUUUCCUAAAGGCUCUCUUGAACCCCAAAAGUAUGAAGGUGCACGCAAUGCUGAAGCAUUGGCUGAAUACGUCAACAAGGAAGGAGGUACCAACGUUAAGUUAGCUGCAGCUCCACAAAACGUUGUUGUGUUAACACCUGAUAAUUUCGAUGAGAUUGUACUGGAUCAGAACAAAGAUGUCCUCGUCGAGUUUUAUGCCCCAUGGUACUACACUAUCUCUUUCUUCACUGCCCUUGGUUUUUGUUUUCUAAUUCUGAUUUUUAAAUUUUCCAGGUGCGGCCACUGCAAGUCCCUCGCUCCUGUAUAUGAAAAGGUAGCCACGGUGUUUAAGCAGGAAGAAGGUGUUGUAAUCGCCAACUUGGAUGCUGAUGCACACAAAAGCCUUGGCGAGAAGUAUGGAGUAAGUGGAUUCCCAACACUAAAGUUCUUUCCAAAAGACAACAAAGCUGGUCAAGAUUAUGAGGGUGGAAGAGACUUAGAUGACUUUGUAGGCUUCAUUAAUGAGAAAGUUGGGACCAGCAGAGACAGUCAAGGGCAGCUUACUUCAAAGGCUGGUAUAGUUGAAAGCUUAGAUGCGUUGGUAAAGGAGCUAGUUGCGGCCAGUGAAGAUGAGAAGAAAACAAUCUUGUCUCGCAUCGAAGAGGAAGCUAGUAACCUUAAGGGCUCCACAACAAGAUACGGGAAGCUUUACUCGAAACUGGCAAAGAGCUACAUAGAAAAAGGUUCAGCCUAUGCUACAAAAGAAGUGGAGCGGCUUGGACGCGUCCUUGGCAAGUCGAUAAGCCCGGUGAAAGCUGAUGAGUUAACUCUCAAGAAAAAUAUACUGAGCACGUUCGUUGCUUCUUCUUAGAAGCCAAAGCCCUGAGAGAGUAGAGGAGUCGAUAGACUCUAUAUAAACUGAUACAAUUUGUAGAGUCUGUGUUUUGGAGACUUUUCUAUGUCUGUUGUUAUUUCUGUUUUAGUUCUAUACAUUAUGGAUUUAGUUUUGUAUGGAUUCUGUUUGAGCUACCAAAGAAAGAAAUAAGAAUAUCUCAACUAUAGAUAAAUA